CUUGCAAACUCCUAUAUAAAGCUUUGCUGCCAGUCGAAAUAGCAAGCCAAAAGAUCGAGACAUCUUUAUUUUUUAUCCUUAAAAAAAAAAAAGGAACCAUGCAAGUUCGUAUCAUUUCAAGAGAAACCAUCAAGCCCUCUUCACCAACGCCCUCUCACCUCAAAACGUUAGAAUUCUCCCUCUUCGACCAGAUUGCUCCCAAAGCCUAUUUUCCAACAAUCUUGUUUUACCCUACAAACGAUGGCCCUGUCAAACUUGCUCAAUUAAAGAAAUCGCUCUCGGAAGCUCUAUCUCGCUUCUACCCUUUGUCAGGAAGGGAAAAAGAUCAGUUCUGUGUCGAUUGUAAUGACGAGGGAGCCUCAUAUUCAGAAGCCCUUGUGGACUAUAACAUGUUGGAGUUCCUCCAACCACCCAAAAUCGAUUUACUCAACCAUUUGCUUCCACGCCAGCCUUGGGUGACAUGCCAUGACCGGGCUUCGGCGGUCUGCCUUGCUGUUCAAGCUAAUGUCUUCAAUUGUGGUGGAAUUGCCAUUGGUGUUUGCGUGCUUCACACCAUCUCUGAUGGGAUCACGGUGAGCGCAUUCCUUAAAAGCUGGGCGACCAUCGCACGUGGGGGUGAUGAUGUGCAGCUGUUUUGCCCCGACUUCACCACUGCACCCACGCUCUUUCCUCCAAGAGACCUGGCGUCCUUGACUUGUUCAAAUCGGUUCUUGAGCGCUUGGAAAAAAGAAGCAAUCUGCGUCACGAGGAGGUUUGUGUUCGAUGCCAAUGCGAUAACCACCCUGAAGGCCAACGCAAAAGGCGAAUACGUGUCAAAUCCUACGCGCUACGAAGCACUGGCUGCCCUUAUUUGGAAGUGUUUGAUAAGUGCCUCUAUGACGAUAUCGGGGCUGCCAAGUCGACCGUCGUUGUUAGAGCAUGCGGUGGACAUCAGAAGGCGAAUGGGGAAACCCUUGUCGGGUAAUUCCAUGGGAAACGUCAUAAUAGUAGCCAACGCAGUGUAUGAUCCAGCUGACACAAAUAUUACCCUGCCGGACUUGGCGACCGUGGUAAGACAAUCCAUCGAGGAAGUGAAUGGGGAUUUUAUGAGAAGUUUACAAGGUGACGGAGGGUUUUUGCUGAUUAGUGGUUACGCGGAUAUGUUAACGGAAACGCUUGAAACAGAAAAGCCAGAAUCAGUUGGGUUUACAAAUUGGUGUAAUUUUGGUUUCAAGGAGAUUGAUUUUGGAUGGGGGGGGCCAGUUUGGGUUGGUAUUUCUGGGGGAGUAAACUUAUCGUAUGUUAAUCGUGUUCUUUUUAAGGAUAUGGAAUGUGGUAAGGGCAUAGAGGCAUGGGUGACUUUAGAGGAAAAAGAAAUGGCUGUCUUCGAAAAUGACCCACACCUGCUUGCCUUCGCUUUGCCGAAUCCAUGUGUUUCUCGCCCAUAAUAAAAUCUUCACAAGAAUCACUAGGAAUCAGAGAUGCCAAUGAAAUAAAGACAGGUGGCCAGCUCGAUCGUUAACUCCAUUGUCUAGCCGUGUUGCUGCACUGCAGUCAAGUUUGUUCGUUUUAUGUUAAUUUUCUGUAUGUCUGGUUCGUUUUUCGUCUGUUCACUUUGAACCUUUGUUUGUUUGUGUUUUUUU